AUGUCACUUCUAAAAACAGAAAGGUUUGAGGGGAUUGAUAUCAAAGAAGAGAUGACAGACGACCAACAAGUUAACACUACUUCAACCUGGUCAUCAUCAGUAUGCAAUUGUAAAUGUGAGGAAGACGACGGAAGUAACAAUCUGAAAGCUGAAGCCGUGCUGUGUAAUCAGCUUGAAGCUAGUUCAGAACACUUCAACCAAGUAGGUGAAGUUGUAAAGAUUGAGGAUGUCAGGAUUUUCCGUGAUGUACCGCCUAAUGAUGAACCUUUGGACUAUAAAGAACUUUGGUGUAAUAACUGUAAUCUUGCGCUAACACCAUCGAAUGUAAUACCUGCGAAAAGAAAGUCUUCUUAUUUUCCUAUACCUACUGAGUCUGAUUGUGGUAUUCAGGCUGAAACUCUAUCUAUUGGAGAAACCUUUCCGUCUGGGACUAAACAGAAGUUGAAAAAACAGAAACAAAAACACACCAGAGAGAAAACAUAUUCUUGCAGUUUGUGUGAUUACAAAGCAAGUCGAUCGAGCCAUCUUGCUUCUCACAAACGGACACACACUGGGGAGAAACCCUAUUCUUGCAGUUUGUGUGAUUAUAAAUCAAAUCAAUCGAGCUCUCUUGCUCGUCACAAACUGACACACACCAGGGAGAAACGUUAUUCUUGCAGUUUGUGUGAUUACAAAUCAAAUCAAUCGAGCACUCUUGCUUCUCACAAACUGACACACACCGGGGAGAAACCUUAUUCCUGCAGUUUGUGUGAUUAUAAAGCGAGUCGAUCCAGCACUCUUGCUCGUCACAAACGGACACACACUGGGGAGAAACCUCAUUCUUGUAGUUUGUGUGAUUAUAAAUCAAAUCAGUCGGGCGAUCUUGCUCGUCACAAACUGACACACACCAGGGAGAAACCUUAUUCUUGCAGUUUGUGUGAUUAUAAAUCAUAUCACCCUUCCAAUCUAGAGUGAAUAUUCACUUUAGAAACUAGAAAUAACUCAUUUCGGCCAAAAACUUACAAUUUUUUGGAAAACUUAUACGUAGUCGCAUCUUUUUGAACACCAGCAAAGUUCAUUCUGCACACCUAAUCGAAGUAGUCUUGUUAAACCUCAGUGAACACAUAUUUCGGCGAAAAACUAUUUGAAUGUCACAUCAGUUCUUUAGUUGUACUUCGGUUUUGAAGGUUCUUUUCGAUAUCUUUGUUUAAAUCUAUUAUACCAUAUGAUUAAUAAUGAGUAUGAAUAUUUGGGGGUUUCCAAUGUUGAAAAAUGGUGAAAUGUUACGAUUUGAAAACUCGAUUCACCAUAAAAAUCUUUCGCCAUUUUUCGCCAUUUUUCACGAUUUGAAUGUUUUGCUUUCGAAAUAUCAAAUUGAAAUAUUAAAUGUGUAUUCUGGUACUAUACGACAUUCCGAGAGCUCAGUUGUGUCGAUGUACCUUACUCGCUAUGAUCACCAAAAGUUACUACUUUUGAUGACCUUACUCGCCAUGAUCACCAAAAGUUACUACUUUUGAUGUACUUACUUGUCAUGUUCACUAAAUGUUACCAUUUUUGUUGUACCUUACUCUCCAUGUUGACCAAAAGUAACGAUUUUUUAAUGUACCUUAUUCGCAUGGGUCACCAAAAGUUACCAUUUUUAUGUACUUUGCUCUCCAUGAUCAUCAAAAGUUACUAGUUUUGAUGUACCUUACUCGCCAUAAUAUGAUUUAUAAUGAGUAUCAGAAUGAAAAAUCUGCCAGCUUUUACUGUAUUAAGGAUCUUAAAUAGAUCAACUUAUAUCUACAUAUUAUUGUCCUGUUUGAAUCAUGGUAUAUAACUCUUUCUUAUUGAAGAUUUAUAUAUUUGUAUAAUUGUUUUUUAGUAGCAAUACUCAA